AUGUUGCAACUUAUUCGGCACUUAUUCGGCGAUGACCUGUCACAGGCUAGGAAGCUACCGCCAUUGGAGCUGAUGAGGAGCAUCCUCACUGAUAGCGCCAAGAAGUUCGCCCACCGUUCCACCCUCGGCAAUGGCACAUGGACACCCUAUGCUGCCGCGACGUUCGAAGAUGAGAGGAAGAAGUCCGCCGGGUAAGUGACAAGAGUGGAGAAUGAACGGCCGCGUUUGGGUUUUUCUGUGUAUGGGUACGUGCUCUUGUGGUUUCGAAGAGACAACCUAGUUCCUGGAGGACUCUCCUGUACUUGCACGGACGGGUGGUGGGUUGCCAACGGGUGGGUGUUCCAUGACAUGUUUCGAGGUGCACGCACGCCGCCGAGAUUCACAUGUACUCACAUGCACGCCUUCGCCACGCGACGUUCAUUAUUCCAGGCUCGUCGCCUCCCCCACGGGCAACCAGUUCUGCACGGUCGAGAACACCAACCUCGCCACCCUCAACACCCGCGGCAACAGGGUCCUGCUGAGGUGAGGCGAGCCGGGGCAGAAGAUGGAGUGGUCCUGCACAUGCGGGUUCCCCGCGAGAUUCCAAAUCCCUUGCUGCAACGUCAUUGCCGUGGCUGGAGUGGCGGGUCUUUUUGUUUGCUGUGUCUGUUCAUUUUAGUUGUUUUCUGCGUGGUUUUGUUUUUGUUUUCUUUAUCUCUUUUGUCCUGUCUUCCCCGGAUAGUGUAUUUUCUCCAUCUUUGCGGAGUACCAAGAUGAACCAGGCGAUGAACUACAAAAUCUGGCCUGUGAUUUUACCUUUUUUUAGGCAGCGUAGCCUGUGACCACAGGAAUCGCUCGGUCAAGUGUUUGAUGACACAAGAAAUAAGCGGUCUACGUUCGCGCACUUCCAGUUGAACGAACUAGGACCCUUUCUCGAAAGCGAUUCACACACCCGCACCCGCAACGGCAGCUUCGAGGUUGUGGUUACAUGCGGUGCUCCGGCCACAAUACGUGAAAGCCAAAGUCUAACCGAUGCCAAUAUGUCUUAAUGUAUUCCUUCUCAUGCUCCAUGAUUGGAAAACAGGUGGCACGAUACUUUACUUUCGGUCAGUCCGCCGUCGCGCGUCAGUAUCCCUUUCGGCCGCGGUCGGCAGAAACUAACCCACGCUUAUUCACUCCUGUCAUUUCCCUCUUCUGUCGCUGUCCAUGUUGCUCCCUCCUUCAAUACACACCGAGGAGGACAAGAUGGACGCUGUCAUGACCCUCAUGAACCCGGCCUAUCGCCUCAAAUACCACCGCCAGACCUACGGCGACGACGCGUACCAGGUCAUGCUGCCUGUGGCAUCCACGCUGGAGGAAGAUGACACCCUGCUACCUCUUCUCCCCAUGGAUGGUUAGGCCGGCGCUCCCAAGAAACUUGGGCCGAAAAAGUUCAAGGGGAUCGCGGGGCGCGGGGACAAGUACGCUUCGUCGUCGUUCAACACGCGAGUUUCUGAACUCGGCCCGACUGCAUCCGGAACCACGGCGGCUCCCUUUCUGUCGCAGGGGGGUGCCACG